CGGCUGCAAGGGCUGGAGCACAGAGCCAGUUAACUGCAGUGCAGGAAACCCAGGCAGCGUCCGGUCUCACGGCUGGUAACUGCUCCGAUGUCUCGGGAAUCGUGGCAGCCAAGCCACCCCACCGCCUUGCUCAUCCCCAAGGCCCGGGGACGGCGAGCGCAGCGUGCCGUGUACCUGCUCCUGGUUCUGUGUGCCGCAGCGCUGUACCUCACCGGGGAGCCCCUCAUACCCACCAUCCGCAGCUUCACCUCCCACUUCGUGGGCCUGCAGAUCGGGGUGCUGCUCAAGGGCAUCUGCUACCUGGUCGAGGAGAUCUUCCACCUCCAAUCCAGGUACCACGGCAGCUUCUGGAGGGCCCUGAGCGCCUGCUUCCCCCUGCACUGGCACAGGCCCAUGCUGCUCGCCUGUGGCUCAGCCUAUGUGACUCUUGUCAAUGGAGACGGACAGCCACUCAGCUUCCACCUCACCCUGGCCAGCCUGUGCCAGCUCCUCAUCCUCGCUCUGGGGCUCCAAAAGCCCUCAGCAGUGGAAAUGUCUGAGAUGUCUGAGAGGUCGAAGCAGAACGUCGCUCAUGGGCUUGCCUGGUCUUACUACAUUGGGUACCUAAAAAUAGUCCUGCCACGGGUGAAAAAGUCGAUGGAGGAAUUCAGCAGAGCCAACCCCAACGUGCUGGCAUGCAGGGAGACCUGGAAGCUCCACAUCUUGGUCCCUCUGAGCUGUGACGUCUAUGAUGACCUGGAGAAAGCUGACAGCAAUAUCCAGUACCUGACAGACCUCACUGAAACCACCCUGACCCGAGCUGGCACCAAAAGAAGGGUCUACAAACACAGCCUCUACGCAAUCAGGGAUGAAGACAACAAGCUCUGGCACUGCGCAGUGGAGUACGCCACCCCGCUGCAGUCCCUCUACGCCAUGUCCCAGGAUGAGUGUGCUGCCCUCAGCCGGGAGGACCGCCUGGAGCAGGCCAAGCUUUUCUACAGGACAUUGGAGGAGAUCCUGAAAGGCUCCAAGGAGUGCGCGGGUACCUACCGGCUCAUUGUGUACGAGGAGUCGGGCAAAGCAGAGACCCACUUCUUGUCCAGAGACAUCCUCUGGCACCUCCAUCAGCAGCGUCACGAGGAGUACACCAUGUACGAGGGGAACCAGCCUCACAACCUGUCCACGACCCUCAGCUCAACAGAGCUCAACCUCCAGAUAAGUGAGUCAGACCUGCCGCAGCCUCUGCGAAGCGACUGCUUGUAAAGCACCAGCGCUGCCCAGCCCCG